CAGAGCUGAUGGUAUGGCGACGCCAUUUUUGUUGUAACCACUACAAACCCGUGCGUCAAAAGUGGUGGAAAAGAAGAGAAGGCUUCUCCAUAAUAGCGAUGGAUGUGCAAUUAGAGAACGCUGGUCCGGACCCUCUUGGAAACUGCUUUUAAUGUGCGAUUUGCGAGUAAACUAUUCUUCAGUUCGUGUAGUUUGUUAAGUUUAAAUAAGUGCAAUGUCAGUUCACUACAAGUUCAAAUCGGCAUUGGAAUAUGACACCAUCACCUUUGAUGGUCUGCAUAUCUCCGUGAAGGACCUGAAAAACGCCAUUGUGCAGCAGAAGCGCAUCGGAAAGAACACAGACUUUGAUUUGCAAGUGACAAAUGCACAGACAAAAGAAGUGUACGAAGAUGACCAGACUCUUAUACCCAAGAACACAUCCCUGUUGAUUGCCAGGAUCCCUCUGGCUGUGCAGAGUAAGUCAAAGACCUGGGAGGGAUACGGGAAUGACACAAAUCUGACGCCGAGGAACGAUGAGGGUGGACCCGCUGCCAAGGCUGUGGAUCUUUCUAGUUUGGAUGCUUCAGAGGAUGACAAGAUCAGGGCUAUGAUGUCUCAGAGCACCCAGGAUUAUGACCCAAGCAAGUUCAUUACUAAUUACAUGAAAAUAAGGGGUGCAAAUCAGGUAGGUGCGGUGCCUCCCAAUUACCGAUGUUACAAGUGCCAUCAGAAUGGUCACUGGAUCAAGGAUUGUCCGUUGGGUCAAGGAUCUGAACAAAUUGAAAUUAAGAAGAGUACCGGCAUUCCGAGAAGCUUCAUGGUACCGGUGGAUGGACCUCAGGUCCAAGGCGCGAUGAUGACGCCGUACGGUUCGUACGCAGUGCCGGCAUUGGAUCAUCAGACGUACACGCAAAAGCAAAACCCGGCGCCCGCGCCGCCGCCAGUCCAGAAAACCGACAUUCCCGAGGAUCUGCUUUGUUCCAUCUGUAGUGAUCUGCUAACGGAUGCCGUCAUGAUUCCCUGUUGCGGAAACAGCUUCUGCGACGAGUGCAUCAGAGGUAUUCUCCUGGAGUCUGAGGAUCACGAAUGCCCGGACUGCCACGAAAGGGAAAUCUCGCCCGGCACUCUAAUCCCUAAUCGGUUCCUAAGAAAUUCUGUCACUAAUUUUAAAAGCACAACCGGCUACGUGAAAAGACAGAUUUAUAAGCCUGCCAUGCUUCAACAGCAGCAGCAGCAACAACAACCAGCAACUAUCAUUAAGAAAGAUCCUGUACCUGUGAACGAGACUGCCCCUUCGGUGACUGCUGUUGCGGACGAUGUCAAGACAAAGAAGUUGGACUCGGAUGCGGAGAAUACGGAGAAGACUGUGAUCAGUGAGGCCGAUUCCACGGAGGCUCCGAAGACUCCGAUAUCCGAAGGAUUAGAAAGCAAGGAAGAAAUAAAAGAACCGUCAGAGGAGAAGGUGGAGCCGGUCGAUCUGCCUCCCGGAGUUUCACCGACUAGGGAGAAGAGCCCAGUGUCGGUGACACGUCCCAUCGUCAUCAAUACGACGCAACAAGCCAGAGACAGAUCGCAUACGGCGAGCGUGAGACCCAAGUCUCUGAACGAGAGAUCCCCGAGGAGAUCGCACAAACCGCAUAGAUCUCCGCAAAACUAUCCGGAACCAAUUGGGAACAACGAGGAAAGGCCUGGUACGCCCACAGUGGACGAGCCUGGCAUGGGUGGUGCUAAUAAUGCAGAGAGCAGAACAUACCCGCCCACGAAUGCGCCGUACCCAUCCGGACCGCCGCCACCGCCUGUCGUUAUAUCCUCCAAUAUCAAUCAUAUGCAGGUAAGACAGGUGCCUCCUCCUAAUUACUCGCAGCAACCGGUGUCCCAGUACGGCGGUGCACAGGGUAUCAUACCUCAUGGACCUCCGCCGAACUUCAGACUUCCACCUCCAGGAGCCGGUGCUCCACCAAACUUUAUACCAGGAAUGUACAACGUGCAACAACGUCCAAUGUUUGAUCCUACUAGACCGCCUAUGCAAGGACCGCAUAACUAUCAGAACUACUCGAACAGGUCACGCGGCCGCGAUUAUGUGCCACGCGGGAUGCGUGGUCGCACACCACCAGGCAUAAUAGACGAUCCUUUGGAGGCGUUCAAUCGUAUGCUUCGUGAAAAAGAUGAACGCGAGAGGCGUGCCAAACAGCGAAAGGGGCGGAGCUACAGCCGCAGCUCGUCUCGCAGCUACAGUCGAUCGCCCAGAAGGCGGAGUCGUUCGCCGAGGCGACGCAGCCGCUCCAAAUCGUUCAGCAUGAGCAGGUCACGGUCUCGUUCAUAUUCGCCCGCGAAUCGGGCGUCACCCUAUAGAGACUAUUCCCCGCGCAGGCGUCCCUCCUCUCGCUAUCGAUCACCUCAAAGAUCACCCAACAGUCGUUACCGUUACAAGGAAGAGAGACGAGAACGAGAGUACGAGAGGGACAGAGAUCAUCGUGAUCGUGACAGGGAAAGGGAUCGAGACAGGGACAGGGAACGAGAUCGCGGAAGUGGCGAUUAUGGCGGAAAACGAGAGCAUCGCGGAUACAGUCGGGACCGUGGAGGUAGCGGUAUGAGUGGCGGCGGCGCCGCUCCCUCUCAGGAUUACCACUACUAUGACAACUUCGAAGCGGAGAAGGGUCGUCGUGGAGGCGGAUCUUCGACGAAAUGGGUGGCACCUCGCGAGUCCGCCUACUACCAUCAACAGGACCAUCAGAACGCUUACCAUCAGGCGGGACCGCAGUCUUCCGUGCAGCAACAUCCCGCGUCAAACAGGUAUAUGCAGCAGAGGGAGCAGCAGUAUGGUGGUGGAGGAGGUGGUUACAAGUCGGAUCACAUUCCGUCGCUGAUGCAGCAGCAGAUCCCGUCGCAGCGCAGCAGAUACGAGGAUGUUGCACCGCCUGGAACGGAGCAACCGUUGCCUCCCGGUGAGGAGCCAUCGAGAUACGACGAGAGGUACAACAGCUACGAUAACAGACCGUCGGUGGCGGCUGCAGUUGCUGGCAAUCAGGAGCAGCAGUUGCAUCAGCAUCAACAUAGAUUCAGCAUAGACAGGGACAAUCAUGACAGCAAGUACGGCAUGGGGAAAUUGGUGGUGGAAGAGUUCGAAAAGCGCGAGGAGAAGAGACACAGCAGCAAGUCGCCGUCCAGGCGAUCCAGGGAUAGGGGCGACAAGGAGAGAGCUCAUGGUGAACACAUGAAGAGUCCGGAUAAACAUAAGCACAAGGAUCGUAGCAGCAAGGCGGAGGAGUUGUCGGAGAGGAGGAAAGAUGACAAGAAGAAGGCUGAUUACUCUGAUGACGAGAAAUCGAAACGCAGCAGAGACAAGAAGAAGAAGCGCGACAAGAAGGAAUCUGAGAAGAAAAAGAAACGAGAUAAGAAGGAGAAACGCGAGCACAGGAAGGAGGACAAAUCAAAGUCGAAAGACGAAUCAUCCUCCUCCAACAAACAACAUCAUGAGCAUCAUCAUGCGAAGGAAGAGAAACCCAAAGAGGAAAAGCGAGCAAUGAGUCCUCUUCCAUCCAAGGAGGGCGGCGGAUCCUCUUCGCCAGCUCCACCGGUCGAGCUAAAGGAAGCGGCGUCGAGUCAUCAUCAAAUUGCGAACGCGGACCACCAUCAAACUGCGGAAGCCCGAGAAAACUCGCCGAAACUCCCCGAGGAAGAACCGGAUCUCUACGGCGAUAUACUCUCCGAAGGUAUAGACAACACGAUCGUCGAGUCGUACGGGAAAAUCGACGAGAGAUCUCGUUCGCCGGUCGACCGAAAUCGCUCCCCCGACCAUCCCGUGCAACUGGAGAUGCCGAAGUCGCCGGAGUUGCUCAAAGAGUCCGGCGAUAUUCUUGAACUAUACACCGGCGAACUGAAAUCGGAACUGGACAAGGAGGUGCUCGCACCGAUGCCCGAGAAAUCCAAAUGGGAGCUGGACGACGAACCGAGCAACGCCCUCUCCGAACUGAACAGCGACUCCAAAUCGGACAAGGCGAAUAAGGUGACAAACGAGGUGCUGAAGCGGGCCGAGAACGCGAUAUUCGCGAAAGCGAUAAACGCGAUCAGACCGAUCGAAAUCAAGAAGAUCAGCAUGGAUCGUGUGAAAUUGUAUUCCGGCGAAAAGGAGGAAAAGAAGGAGGAGGAGAUCAAACCGGAAGAGUUCAGCGAAAAUCCAGAACCGGAGCCGGUGAAGCAGGAACUGGAGCAGCAGAAACCGAUCCGUCUGUCCGUUAAGGAACGACUGGGCUGCAAGGUCGACGAUCUCGAUAGGAUCGUGAGGGUGGAGAAGAACUACGAUCGCAACAGGUCCAGAAGUCUAAGUCCACUCGCGAAACGCUCCCAAGAUCUCAGACGUAUCGAAAUCGAUAAUGAUAAGAGGCGAGAACGUCCCCAUCACGAUAGCCGGGAUCGCGAUAGGCAUCAUAGGAAUUACAGGAAUACGGAAAGGAGGGAUCACGAGAGGCGCGAGCACGAGUCUAAACGUGAACACGGCAGUGGCGGCACUAGUGAGUCUAGACGUGGUGGCGGCGGAGGAGGAGGAGGACAGGAGAAGGAGAGAAACAGGUCGAGGGAACGAAGACGCGAACGAUCCAGGUCCAGGCAGCGCAAGGACGACGACACCGGUAAACGUGAGAAGAGGAAGCGUAGCCGAUCGAGGAGUGAUGAAAAGAAGCAGAAGAAAAGGGACAAGAAACAUCAGAAGAAAGAGAAACCCAAGAAGCAUCACAGGAAGGAGGACGAAGCGCCGCAGUCGCAGCAACCACCGACGUCCUCCACGUCGCAGCCUCUGCUGACCGGCAACUCCAAAUCAUCAGACCAGAAGACCAUCGAUCCCGAGAAGAUUCUGAAGAGGAAGACUCCGCUGGACGAAGCCAACUUUGUACCCGAUUACGACGCGGAAACUGAGAGCGAGGGUGAUCAGAAAAAGGAGAAAGUAUCUAGGGGAAAAUCGCCGGAGAAGAGGCGCGUCGCGAAGGUGGCUGUGGAUGAGAAGAAGGAGUCAACGAGCUCGGACUCGUCCAGCUCCAGUUCCGACGAUGAGAAGAAGAAGAAAAAGCAUAAGAAGCACAAGAAACGAAAGCGCAGGGAGAGCACCUCCAGCAGCUCAGACAGCGACAGCUCGUCCAGCGAGGACGAGAAGGACAGGAGAAAGAAAAAACACAAGAAGAAGCAGAAGAAAAAGAAGAAGUCCAAGCAUAAGUAAUGAUCAUCGCCGUCGCUGUUGCUGCUGCUGCCAAUGGAGGGAGUCAUGGACGUAUGACGAUUAUGAUCAACGUUUAUUUAUAUAUAAUAUGGGAUGUGUUUAUAUUGUUACAGAUAGAAUAUUUUGUUUUCA